GCUUUAGUGUAUAUACACAUUAUUAAAAAGACAAAGGGAUACACAAACUGUGGUCAAGUAUACCAGUAAAUAUCCAAAAUUGAAUAUAUAUUUUGAAUGGCCGUUUGAUUAUUUACUGUAAAAUGGGAAAGAAAGGGAAGAAAGGGAAGAAGAGUGGAAAAGGGCCUGGGCUUGAAUCAUCGGCCAGUGAUUUAGACGAGGUAUCCAAGGAAUUCUACCUGAUACAGAUUAGAGAUCUAGAGAACAGGGUGGCAAGAUAUGCCAGAAAAUCAGAUGAACUCGAAAUUAAACAAAAUGAACUGGAAAACAAAAAGAAUUCAGAGAUCGUUGCAAAAGAUGAAGUUAUCGGUUUGUGCAAGAAAGAUAUUGUCAAGAAAGACGAAGAGAUAGAUGUUCUAACAGAAAAGGUCGAUGAAUUGGAAAAGACUUUAGAGGUUGAGAGGGAGGAGUCAUCAGCAAAAAUAAAAGAAAUGGAAAUUAAAGCCACUGAAAACUUGAACGCACUCAGAGCUGAAGUUACUUUGUUGAAUGGAAAACUUAGUGCUUUAGAAGAAUUUAGAGUAAAAAAGGAUGAAUACCUUGAAAGGAUACAAGAACUUGAAGAACAAAUAAAAAUAAAAGACGAAGACCAUGAAGAUACUUUAUAUGAAAUGGAUAAAAAGGCUGUAGCUGACAAGGAUAGACUAAAGAAAGAAAUGGUUAAUCGUGUAAACGCUGUUGCACAAGAGUUUCGAAAAGUAUCGAACCAACAGAUGGCUGCUACAUCCAAAAGAGCAAUCAGGGAAAAUGCAGUCAUUCAAGCACAGCUAACAAAAAUGUCAGAUAAAACAUUAGAAGUCCUAUCAGAAAAUGAUUCGAUGAAGGAGGAGUUCAGAAGACAGAAAUUACAUCAUGAAAUGUUAGAAGAGACAGAAAAGGCUUUGGCCAAGAAAAAUAAUACUAACAAAAGGAUGGUCCAAAUGUUAACGGAGAAAUGUACAUUCCAAGAGAAUGUUAUAACAGAAUUACAGAGAGAAGCCGAGUAUUACGCAGAAGUAAGAACAGAAUUUGACAUGGCCUCUAGUCAAAUUAAAUCGCAGAGGGAGGAAAUACAACAUCUCCAAGCAGAUGUAAGAAUGUUAGAAGAAGAACUGAGAACAACUAGAAACGAUUUAAGUACAGAAAGACGACAUAAACGGAGACUUGAAAAACUGAUCAAAGAUUGUACAAUAGCAAUUAAAAUGGUCCUAAGGAAAACUGAGCCAGAAGAAGAACCAAUAAUGGAAGGAGAAAUGGAAGACAUUAAUGAGAUAGAAAGACGUGACAACAUGUUGGAGAAUAUUCUACUGGUACUCAAUAGUGGAGCAGCAAUAGGUGUUGGUCCACAGAUGAGAGAAUUCGGUAAAGGGGACAAGGUCGUGCGAAAAAGAAGUGCCAGUAGAAUACCUGGUUCUGAAGGAGGGAUCAAAAGAGGACAGCUGCCAUUAUCUCCUGUUGGUCCACUAGGCGGUACAUUGCCACAUUAUCAAAUGGGAGAUUUAGGAUUGAUACCUCGUCCUAAAGUUAAUAUUCCAACCAGCUUCGAUAGAAUGAGAGUCCUCUCAGCUACUACAAGACUCGGUGGUCUGAGGAAAGUUCUUACACGAUCUGUUUCUGUACAAACCGUCAGUGCUACCAAGGCUUUAUUUUAUGCUGACCAAUUGCUGACGACAGUACCAGCAGACAUGCAGGACACUAUCUUACAUGAAGGUCACACAGGAAGGAUCAGGUCACCAGUUAAACCUGUUCGACAGAUCACUGGACCUAAGAAAUUUGCUACAACUGUUUAUUAAGCUCUCUUUUGUAUAUCAAAUAUAACUUUUAUGAACUGAUUAAAUGUGUAAUAAAAAUCGAAUCUGUGUAUCA